CUCUUUUCUCUCACAGGGACUAUUCAGUCAUUUCGCAGCCGCACACAAACGCACACGCGUAGUUUCUCUAUUCCCAAAUCAAAUCUGAAAGUUCUCUGUUUCUUUAACCGCCCUCUCUCUCUCUCUCUCUCUCUCUCCCUCUCUCAAUCAAUCUCACAUGUGAGAUUGAAAGUUUGAACGGAAAAAAAAUGGUGGUGCCCGGACGGAGAACUGUCUGGGAUGGAGUAAUCGAGCUGACGAAGAUGGCUCAGGAACAGUGCGUCGACGCUCGUCUCUGGGCUUCCCAUUUAUCGGCGAACUUAAAACCCGUCAUUGAGUUCCCGUCGACGGAGCUCGCGGAGGUACUCGUUUCGUACAUUUGUUGGGAUAAUAACGUCCCUGUUCUCUGGAAGUUCCUUGAAAGAGCUAUGGCUUUGAAGCUUGUCUCUCCUCUCGUUGUUCUUGCUCUGCUCUCUGACAGAGUUGUACCGAACCGGUUAACGCAACUCGCGGCUUAUAGAAUUUACCUGGAGCUUCUCAAGAGAAACAUGUUCAGGAUUAAAGAUCAUAUUACCGGACUUCACUACGACAAUGUUAUGGAUUCAGUAGCCAACAUUCUUCGUCUUCCAGAGUUAUUUCGUCUGGAGACAAGCAAGCCUGGUGUACUUUUAGUAGAGUUCGUCUUUAAGAUGGUGUCACAGCUUGUAGAUGCGUGCUUGAGCGAUGAAGGUUUACUAGAGCUAAGCCAAGACUCGAGUUCUCAGUGGGUGAUCAAGUCUCAAGAUAUGGAGAUUGAUGCUCCUGAGAGAUAUACUCAAAAGACUGGAUCUCACGAGAAGCUGCAGACUUUAAACACCAUCAUGGCUAUCGAGAUGAUUGCAGAGUUCCUCAGCAAUACAGUGAUCUCCAGGUUGCUCUACUUGGUAUCCUCCAACAGGGCUUCAAAUUGGCAUGAAUUUGUCCGGAGAGUACAGCUGCUUGGAGAAAAUUCAUCGGUCUUAAGAAACUCAAAGGUUCUAAAUUCUGGGGACCUAUUGCAGUUGAUUUCGAAUAAGAGAUUUGGGUAUUCUUGCGACAGCAAAGUUACUUCAUUACGGAAGUCCAACGCAAUUGUGGAUUUUGGAUCUCUUGCUUCAUUUGCCGGCUUAUGCCAUGGAGCAAGUCUCUCUUCACUCUGGCUUCCUCUUGAUCUGGUGUUUGAAGAUGCUAUGGAUGGAUAUCAAGUGAACCCAACUAGUGCGAUUGAAAUAAUAACCGGUCUAGUUAAAACACUUAAGGAAAUUAAUGGCAGCACUUGGCAUGACACCUUCUUGGGUCUUUGGAUAGCAGCUCUCCGACUUGUUCAAAGGGAAAGGGAUCCUAUUGAGGGACCUAUUCCUCGACUGGACACAAGGCUGUGCAUGUCACUGUGUAUUGUACCUCUCGUGAUCGCGAGCCUUAUUGAAGAAGGAGAGUAUGAGUUUGUCAUGGAAAAGCUGCGAGACGAUCUUAUUACAAGUUUGAAGGUCCUUGGUGAAUUCCCUGGGUUGCUGCAUCCUCCCCGUUGCGUUGUUUCUGCUGCCAACAAGGCUGCCACAAGGGCAAUCAUAUUUUUGUCUGGUGGAAACGUUGGAAAGUCAUGCUCUGAUGUCAUAAACAUGAAGGACAUGCCUAUCAACUGUUCUGGAAACAUGCGCCAUCUGAUAGUUGAGGCUUGUAUUGCAAGAAACAUACUUGACACGUCGGCCUAUUCGUGGCCUGGCUAUGUUAAUGGCCGAAUCAACCAAGUACCUCACACUCUACCCAUUGAAGUACCUUGCUGGUCGUCAUUUGUGAAAGGAGCCCCACUAAAUGCCGCAAUGGUGAAUGCAUUAGUCUCAGUUCCUGCUUCAAGCUUAGCAGAGCUCGAGAAACUCUAUGAGGUCGCAGUCAAAGGAUCGGAUGAUGAGAGGAUAUCUGCUGCUACAGUGCUUUGUGGGGCAUCUCUCACACGGGGAUGGAACAUACAGGAACACACUGUUGAGUUUCUUACAAGAUUACUUUCCCCACCCGUUCCAGCAGAUUACUCCGGGGAUGAAAGUCAUUUGAUUGGUUACGCCUGCAUGCUGAAUGUUGUUAUUGUCGGCAUAGGAUCUGUUGACAGCAUUCAGAUUUUCUCUUUGCAUGGCAUGGUUCCGCAACUUGCUUGCUCACUAAUGCCAAUCUGCGAAGAGUUUGGAUCUUACACCCCAAGUGUAUCAUGGACUCUUCCUUCCGGAGAAGAAAUCUCAGCGUAUUCUGUUUUCUCAAAUGCCUUCACUCUUCUCUUAAAGCUUUGGAGAUUCAAUCAUCCUCCUAUUGAGCACGGUGUAGGAGAUGUGCCCACUGUUGGCUCCCAACUCACUCCCGAACAUCUUCUUCUAGUGCGUAACUCUCAUCUUGUGACCUCGGAGACACUAAAUAGAGACCGAAACAGAAAGAGACUAUCAGAAGUCGCAAGGUCAGCAUCUUGUCAACCCGUGUUUGUUGACUCGUUCCCCAAGCUGAAAAUCUGGUAUAGGCAGCACCAGAGAUGCAUCGCUUCCACGUUAUCUGGACUUACACAUGGAUCUCCCGUCCACCAGACUGUUGAAGCACUUCUCAACAUGACGUUCAGGAAAGUCAGAAGCAGUCAGACGUUAAAUCCAGUGAAUUCAGGCACAAGCAGUUCAUCGGGAGCUGCAAGUGAAGAUAGCAUUGCAAGACCCGAGUUUCCUGCUUGGGAUAUCCUCAAAGCCGUUCCGUAUGUUGUAGAUGCUGCUUUAACAGCUUGUACUCAUGGAAGGCUUUCUCCUCGUGAGUUAGCUACAGGGCUGAAAGAUUUAGCAGACUUUCUCCCGGCAUCAUUAGCAACAAUAGUAAGCUACUUCUCGUCUGAAGUGAGUAGAGGUGUUUGGAAGCCAGCAUUCAUGAACGGCGUUGAUUGGCCAAGUCCUGCUACAAAUCUAUCCAACGUUGAGGAUUAUAUAAAGAAAAUUCUCGCAACAACAGGCGUUGAUAUCCCUAGCCUUGCUCCAGGAGGAAGUUCUCCGGCAACGCUCCCUUUACCUUUAGCGGCUUUUGUAAGUCUGACUAUUACUUACAAAAUCGACAAAGGUUCAGAGCGGUUUCUCAACCUGGCUGGUCCAGCUCUUGAGUGUUUGGCCGCAGGGUGUCCUUGGCCUUGCAUGCCCAUCGUAGCUUCUUUAUGGACCCAAAAGGCGAAACGUUGGUUUGACUUCCUCGUUUUCUCUGCCUCUCGCACAGUCUUUCUUCACAACCCAGACAUGGUGGUUCAGCUUCUCAGAAACUGUUUCAGCGCCACUCUCGGCUUGAAUGCUGCACCCAUGUCAAACGAUGGUGGUGUCGGAGCUCUUCUUGGCCAUGGAUUCGGCUCUCAUUUCUACGGCGGGAUAUCUCCCGUGGCACCAGGGAUUCUCUAUCUCCGUAUGUAUCGUGCUCUCAGAGACACCGUCUCUGUAACGGAAGAGAUUUUCUCUCUGCUGAUACACUCCGUGGAGGAUAUAGCACAGAACAGGCUCUCUAAGGAGAGUCUGAAGAGGCUGAAGACGGUGAAGAACGGAUCAAGAUACGGACAAAGCUCACUAGCAACAGCAAUGACUCAAGUCAAGCUCGCUGCCUCGCUUAGCGCCUCGUUGGUAUGGCUAACCGGUGGUUUAGGUGUGGUCCACCUACUCAUCAAAGAAACCAUACCGUCUUGGUUUCUUUCGGUUGACAAAUCAGACCGAGAACAAGGAGCAUCAGAUCUAGUUGCAGAGCUAAGAGGGCAUGCACUUGCCUACUUCGUUGUCCUAUGCGGAGCAUUCGCUUGGGGAGUGGACUCGAGAUCAGCUGCAUCGAAACGCCGACAAGGGAUCUUGGGAAGCCACUUGGAGUUCCUCGCGAGUGCCUUGGACGGGAAGAUAUCAGUGGGAUGCGAGACAGCCACGUGGCGGGCUUAUAUCUCCGGUGUGGUGAGUCUGAUGGUGAGCUGUUUGCCACGUUGGGUGACGGAGAUUGAUACAGAAGUGUUGAAGAGUCUGAGCAAUGGACUGAGACAGUGGGGAAAAGAGGAGCUUGCGAUUUUAUUGCUUUCCAUGGGAGGUGUCGAGACAAUGGACCAUGCGACUGAUUUCAUCAUUCAUUUGCGGUCUUAGCUUCUACAAGUUUUGAGCUCAGAUAGUUUUUUUUUUUUUGUUUUUUGUUUUUUGUUUUUAUUUGAUUAGCUUUGCUUUGAUGAUAGAUGUUUUUGCUUUCUUGUACCUUCAUGUCCUUUAGCUGUAGUAUAGUGUGAUGAAUCUAACAAGCAUGUAUAGGGAAUGGAUAAAAAAAAGAAGAAAAAGACAAAUCUUGUAAAGAAAUAAGAUUCUUAUAUAGCAAGAUGAUUAUGUC